AUGCAAUGGUUCGACUCAAAGCUAACUUGGAAUCCGGAGAAAUACGGAAAUAUCACCAAGUUGCACAUUCCGAGCGAAUUCCUGUGGACCCCGGAUUUGGUGCUGUAUAACAAUGCUGCUGGAGAUCCGGAUAUCACAAUUUUGACCGAUGCCCUCGUCACGUAUGAUGGCCACGUAUUCUGGCAACCACCGGCUAUUUAUAAGUCAUUUUGCCCUAUUGACGUCACCUGGUUCCCGUACGACGAACAGAACUGCUCGAUGAAGUUCGGCACCUGGACCUACACCGGUCAAUAUGUGGAUUUGAGGCAGUUACCGAGAGAAGAAGUGGUGCGCGAUAAAAAUGACGGGGAAAGCGACAUCGAGUACUUGAUGCAAGGGAUGGAUCUAUCCUUCUUCUAUCAAUCCGCCGAGUGGGAUCUGCUCUCAUUAACAUCAAAAAGACAGGCCGUACUGUAUGCCUCAUGCUGCGGGCCCGAAAAAUAUGUCGACAUCACCUUCGAGUUCCUGCUCCGGAGAAAGACCCUAUUCUUCACCUGCAAUCUGAUUCUGCCCUGCUUCCUAAUUUCCAUCCUUACCACCUUCGUAUUCUACCUCUCCGACCACAAAAUCACGUUCUCCAUCUCGAUUCUCGUGACGUUAACUGUGUUUUUCUUGGUCCUGAUCGAUUUAAUGCCUCCCACAUCGCUGGUUAUCCCAAUGUUUGGACGAUAUUUGAUCACUACCAUGAUUCUCGUCGCUUUAUCUACGGCAGUUUCUGUCGUUACGGUGAACUUCCGGUUCCGCUCCGGCUCCGCCCAUCGCAUGUCGCCGUGGAUUCAGACGCUGUUCUUGCAGUGGUUACCCACGAUUCUGAUGAUGAAGCGGCCAAAAAAGCCCGAAAGUGAGGUGAAGCCACCGGCAUUGGUGGAUGCAGCUAGUCUUGUUGGAGUUAAAUACAGAAAUGAAGAAAAAAUAGCUAGAAGUCUUCUGCGAGAAAGCAAGAAGAAGCAGCUUGCUUCCAGAAGUUUUGGAUUCCGGACGGAUAUACGGUUGGACGAGGUUGAGACCCGUCUCUACGCCCCUCCCGAAGAAAAAGAGAAAAUGGCCCCCACUGUGUCGUUUAAAAAGCCGAAAAAGAGCACGCAGCAGAUGAACGACAUUAUAUUUCAUAAUCUGCUACAACAAGUUCGAUUCAUUGCAGAACAUUUUAUGCACAAUGAAAAGGAAGCUGAGAUUUCUGACGACUGGACAUUCGUGGCGAUGGUUUUGGAUCGGCUUUUCUUGAUAAUCUUCUCCGUGCUGAACGUCGCGACUAGUUUUAUAAUUUUACAGGCCCCAUCCUUGUGGGACAAUCGCCAAUCGAUGAACCAAACGCUGCCCAGCAAACCGCUGGGGAUGGCUAAUAUAUUCUCGACCAAACCUGUUGUC